CACUACUCCUAUAGAGAACGACAAGAAGAGAGAGAAGUACGAGAAAAGGUGAUGGGGUUGUAAAGGACCAACCCGCCAUUUAUUAACCUUGUGCUUCUCAACUUCCUCCAUCUCAAAUCUAAUCUUUUUCUCACUUUUUUUUUGCUAUAGACAUUUCUUAUUUUCUGAUAAAUCAAACAAAUUUUCUCUCUUUAUUUUUUCUCUCCAAAUAUUUGUAAAGUGUAAACAAGAAGCUUCACUAAAGUCUUUCUUACUAAAACUUUGAGUCAUAAGAGAGGUAAUUUUGUUCUGUUUCUCUGUGUUGGGUUUUAAAGGAUAAGGAAUUUUCUUCAAAGUUAGGAUCUUUUUCAUUGAAGCAAGUGAUUAUAGCUUGAUUGGGAUAAAUGGGUAUUUGUCUUAGUGCAAGAAUCAAGGCUGAAAGCCCUUCUCACACAGGCAUGAAUACAAAAUGUGUUAGCUCAGAUGGAAAUGAUCCAAGAUUCCCAAGUAGUAAGGUCUCAUCAGCACCUUUAACACCAAGGAGUGAGGGUGAAAUUUUGCAGUCUCCUAAUUUGAAAAGUUUUAGUUUCUCUGAUCUCAAAGCAGCCACCCGAAACUUCCGUCCUGAUAGUGUGCUCGGGGAAGGCGGUUUUGGGGCUGUCUUCAAGGGAUGGAUUGACGAGAACUCGUACACUGCCACUAAACCUGGUACUGGCAUGGUUAUUGCUGUCAAGAGGCUGAAUACUGAAAGUUUUCAGGGUCACAGGGAAUGGUUGGCGGAAGUGAAUUACCUUGGGCAGCUGUAUCAUCCUCAUCUUGUGAAAUUGAUAGGAUAUUGCUUGGAAGAUGAGCACCGCCUGCUGGUGUACGAGUUUAUGCCUAGGGGAAGCUUGGAGAAUCAUCUAUUCCGAAGAGGUUCAUACUUUCAACCUCUUUCUUGGAACCUCCGAAUGAAGGUUGCGCUUGGAGCUGCUAAGGGGCUUGCCUUUCUUCAUAGUGCAGAAACGAAAGUUAUUUAUCGUGAUUUUAAGACCUCAAAUGUCCUCUUAGACUCUAACUACACUGCUAAACUUUCCGAUUUUGGGUUAGCCAAGGACGGACCUACAGGCGAUAAAAGUCAUGUGUCAACUCGCGUAAUGGGUACCUAUGGAUAUGCAGCUCCAGAAUAUCUAGCGACAGGUCACUUAACUGCUAGAAGCGAUGUUUAUAGCUUUGGAGUGGUUCUCCUCGAAAUGCUCUCAGGUCGAAGGGCAAUGGACAAAAACCGGCCAUCAGGAGAGCACAACCUGGUCGAAUGGGCCCGUCCAUACCUAACAAAUAAAAGAAAAAUCUUUCGCGUCUUGGACAACCGUCUAGAGGGUCAGUAUAGUUUGGAUUCAGCCUUCAGAGUUGCCUCCCUAGCAUUCCGAUGCCUGUCUACUGAGCCCAAGUUUAGGCCGGUGAUGACUGAGAUAGUUAAAGAAUUGGAACAGCUUCAGGAUCCCUCUAAGGAAACUCGUAGCAGUUCUACGACAGGGGCAAGGGUUAGGAGACGAAGUGCACAAGAAAGCACCAACCGAUCAAUAUCGUCAGUCUCGUAUCAUAGAUCUUAGAACACCAUGUUCUAUGAGGUAAAAAGACAGCAUCAUUUAUUUAUUAGCAGCUAAGAUGACAAAAUCCCUUCAUAUUUUGCAGAAAUUUGGUGUUCUACUCCCUUGGUAGUGGUUAAGUGGUUAAUGGUUAAUGGUUAAUGUUAUAGUAUAGUAAGUAUAUUUUUGGUUGUCAAUGUACAGCUCUUGUUCCAACUAUGUAAUUUCACAUGAUAUCUGCUAGGAAAAAUACAACUUUUUUGAGUGAAACGAGAUGCAUGUAUUUUUUUUUUUUUUUUUUUUUUUUUUUGUUGUAAUCCAAUUUCAUGGUCUCUUUUGAUGUCUUGUCAAAUAAUCCAUAUACGAUAUGACACCAAAAAAAAUUUUUUUAUUUUUUUUUUUGAGUUAAUAGCAUUUUACUAAGAUUUUGUAAU